AUGGCAAGUAGUUCAAGCCGCAGCACUAGUAGUGAUCGAACGGAGGAAGAAUGGAUGGCUCUGCAACGUGAAGAAGUAGCGGAGCUUGAACAAGCUGCAACUCAGGCAAGAAACGGCCAAAAAGAUGAUCGACAGCUCACCCAACUCAUUCAAAAAACCGUACAAAAUUUUCAAGAUUAUGCUAACCAACGUAGCCGCCAAGCCCGUAUCCACGUGUCACCGUUCUUUGGGCCCACGUCAGCUACCCCGUUGGAGAACUCGGUUAAAUGGAUCGGUGGCUGCAGACCCGGUGCUUACAUACGUUUCUUGUACGCGCUCUCCGGCUUAGAUAUCGAAUCUCAUUUAACCGAGUUUCUUCAAGGGAAAAAGGUCGGUGACCUCGGUGAGCUGACAUCGAAACAAAUGAACAUGAUCGAUGCGUUGCAAGCCAGGACGAUUAAGGAAGAGGAUAAACUUUCAUCAAAAUUGGCUAGCUUGCAAGAGAACAUAGUGGACCAGCCGAUCGCCAGCAAAAUCAAGAAUGAGUGUGGGAAUGUAGAUGAAGCUUUAGAUGAACAUAGCCGAUGCAUGGCGGGUGUAAUGGAAGAAGCUGAUGAGCUGAGGAUCAAAACAUUGAAGGAAGUUGUACAGACUAUACUUAAACCGCUUCAAGCCGUCGAAUACUUAGCCGCUGCCAAGAGGAUGAAGCAUUGUUUUAAAAUAUGGGGCAAGAAUUGGGGAGAAAGACCAUUAAACUAA